AUAAUCAAGGAGAGCUAUUCCUGAGCGGUGAGCUCCCAGAUUGCUCAGAAGCCAUCCGCUGGACUGAAUGUUGCUGGAAAUGAUGUCAACGUUUGGGAUGGAUGUGGCACGCCUACUCAGAUGACAGGUGUGGAGAUGUGUGGCACCUAAGGCACCACAGGCAAAUGCAUUUGGAGCAGCCAGCCAAGCCAUUCAGGAGCAAGGGAAAAUGCUCUGAGACUGCUCAUCUACCUAGGAUGCUGCUUGAGAUGGAACUGAGAACCUCAGCUGUUAUGGAAACCCACUAAGGCUCAGGUGGUCACUUCCCAGCAUGGUGAAGAGAUGCGCCAGUGGCUCUGCUUGGAAACACUGCCUCGAGCCAUGCUAAACCCAGCUCUGCAGCAGUCAGCAGGCAUGAGAACUUGAGCACCCCUAAUUAACCUGAUUUUUUGCUGAUAAUCACUCACAAUGGAAUCAAAUCACAAAUCCGGGGAUGGAUUGACCGGCACACAGAAAGAAGCUGCCCUCCGUGCAUUAAUUCAGCGAACGGGAUAUAAUUUGAUCCAGGAGAAUGGGCAGAGGAAAUACGGUGGCCCACCCCCUGGCUGGGAUGGCCCUCCGCCAGAGAGGGGGUGUGAGAUCUUCAUUGGGAAACUACCUCGAGACCUUUUUGAGGAUGAACUUAUACCCCUGUGUGAAAAAAUUGGCAAAAUCUAUGAAAUGAGAAUGAUGAUGGACUUCAAUGGCAACAAUAGAGGCUAUGCAUUUGUAACCUUCUCGAAUAAACAGGAGGCAAGGAAUGCAAUAAAGCAACUCAAUAACUAUGAAAUUAGGAAUGGGCGUCUCCUCGGAGUCUGUGCCAGUGUGGACAACUGCCGUCUGUUUGUGGGGGGGAUCCCCAAAACGAAGAAAAGAGAGGAAAUUUUAGCAGAGAUGAAGAAAGUCACAGACGGAGUCGUGGAUGUCAUUGUCUACCCUAGUGCAGCUGAUAAGACCAAAAACCGGGGUUUUGCCUUUGUGGAAUAUGAAAGCCACCGGGCAGCAGCGAUGGCCAGGCGAAAAUUGCUCCCAGGAAGGAUUCAACUGUGGGGACACCCUAUUGCUGUUGACUGGGCAGAACCAGAAGUGGAGGUGGAUGAAGACACUAUGUCAUCAGUAAAAAUUCUCUAUGUGAGGAACCUCAUGCUCUCAACCACUGAAGAGACCAUAGAAAAGGAGUUCAACAACAUCAAACAAGGUGCAGUAGAGAGAGUAAAGAAAAUCAGAGACUAUGCCUUUGUGCACUUUAACAAAAGAGAAGAUGCAGUCCAUGCUAUGAAAGCCUUGAAUGGGAAGGUGCUGGACGGGUCCCCCAUUGAGGUGACAUUAGCCAAACCCGUUGACAAGGACAGCUAUGUUCGAUAUACCCGGGGCACAGGCGGCAGAGGAGCUGUGCUGCAGGGAGAAUAUACCUAUGCCUUUGGCCAUGUCUACGACCCUGCUGCUACCUACUUGGGUGCCCCAGUGUUCUACGCACCCCAAGCCUAUGCAGCCAUACCCAACUUCCACUUCCCAGCCACCAAGGGCCUCGGCAGCAGGAGUAUCAUCCGGCCCCCAUCCAUCAGAGAAAUUUACAUGAAUGUACCUGUAGGGGCUGCGGGAGUUAGAGGACUGGGAGGUCGCGGCUAUCUGGUGUACACGGGCCUGGGGCGUGGAUACCAGCUCAAAGGAGAAAAGAGGGGAGAGGAUAAACUCUACGACCUCUUGCCAGGAAUGGAGCUCACGCCGAUGAACCACGUCACACUAAAACCACAAGGUGUCAAACUUGCUCCUCAGAUCUUGGAAGAAAUCUGCCAGAAAAAUAAUUGGGGACAGCCUGUUUACCAGCUCCACUCUGCAAUUGGCCAAGACCAAAGACAGCUCUUCCUGUACAAAAUCACCAUCCCUGCCCUCGCCAGCCAGAACCCCACCAUCCAUCCCUUCACACCUCCCAAGCUCAGCGCCUAUAUCGAUGAAGCCAAAACCUACGCUGCAGAGUACACCCUGCAGACACUGGGGAUUCCCACUGAAGGAGCAGAGGUACCUCCUGCAGCACCAGCUUUUCCAGGAUACACCAUCGCUAAUGCUGCAACAACAGUCACAGCCACUCAGCUCAAACAGGCAGUGACGAUGGGACAAGAUUUGGCCACAUAUGCAGCAUAUGAAGCCUACCCUGCCUUCGCAGUUGCUGCACGCAGUGAUGGCUACGGAGCAUUUUAGCCCCGUCUUUCUGAGUUUGCUUAAAUUAGACACGGGUAGGAAAAUUCUCAGUCUGGUAAUUCUUACACCCUCGUGAUUUUAAUCUAAUCUCACACCUGAAGUUAAUUUUUAGUCAGAGUCUCUUUCUGUUAGCUCUUUAGUUUCAUAGUAGGACAUUAAGGGAAAAAGGAAAAUUAAAAAAAAUUACUCAAAAAUCAGAUUUCACAUUAGAAAGCAAAAUCUCAGCCCAGGAAACCAGUGGUUCUCAGGUGUGUGUAUGUAUAUGCGUAUAUACACAUAUGAAUAUAAACACCAUUGUGUGUGUGUUUACAAGCCACAAACCAUACUGAAAUAAGCACCUCCAACCUUUCCCCUGAAGGUUUUGAUGUGGGGCCGGGGAAGGAGAGGGUGUCCCAGCAAUCCCCAGUACACAGCAAGACUAUCCUCUGUUCACCCCAAGCCAUCAGCCAGGCAUACCCCAUAAUUUCUCCAACCAGGCAGAAAACAGCCAAAGGAAAAAGCCAUUGAUCAUAAAUGUGGCUGCCCAGACUUACAGGCUUCUUUGUACUCUCCUUAACGUUAAUCUGAUUUUAACCAAGAAGAAAGCAUUCAGGAGAGAUUUGUCUCUGGCUUUGCUACUUCCCAGCUGUACCUACAAUCACAAAACCACAAAUAAUGGCUUUUUUCUCCCUCCCACCUCCUACCCAGUGACAUAUUCAGUGAAAAACAGGAACACUUUUUCAACUAUUACAGCUGAGGACCAGAGAAGUGCUAUUUAUUCAGGCCAAUUCUCUACUUAAUUAGACCACGAGAGCUCAGCCAUUGCCUGGUAAUAAGAGGCAAUGCUACACAAAUAAAAUGAUACGCAAGCAACUACUCCAACAGGGUAGAAAGAGCCCUGUCUGGAUGGUAACACUGCUUUAUGCAUUAAAGCAAGGCUACUGUGACUCCUGCAAAAGUUAAUUUAGCAGAAUGGUCUUCACUGGGGCAACUCACAUCUGUCAGCAGUGCACUUUGUGUUCUGGUAAGUGGUGUGUCCAUACACCUUGGGGAUGCUGAGAGUUCCCUCUGGUUUAUGGCAGGAGGGAAUUGUCGCUUUGUUUUAGUCACAGGAAGAAGUAGUAACAAUGCCUUAAGAUACAGGAUAAUGCUGAUAUUAGAUAACUACGGUGCAUGCUUUAAUCCUCCAGUCCAUGCAUGCUAAGACAACUUGAAACAGCUCAGCCUAGCAUGCUAACCUGGAGAAUAUAUGACCCGAAAGGCUGAAUCCCUGACUGGUUCUACCAUGCCACUACUUCACCUCUAUAUUUCCCUCCUUUGGAGGGUGAACCCAAAUUUCUUAGCCAAAAUCAUAAUAGCAGAAGUCAUCCAGGAUGGGCUGGCUUUGCCCAUCAGUUCCAACUGAUCUGACCUCAAAUUUACCAUCCAGUCUAAAUGAGGUACUAUGGCACCAUGCGAGUGGUUCUGUCAUUCAAAAUGGAGCUUUUCCCACAUCCCUAUAGCUGUACCAGCCUCAGUGGUCUGGGGCAAAGUGCUGGUGAGCAGGUACCAAGUGUUUUGCGUUCUCAUACUUGGGCUGACUUGAUUUUGCUUAGGAAUGGAACAAAAACAUGUAAACUGUAUAGUUUUGUGGCACUAUGAGACUAUUUCUAUUUAUAAAGUAGCUCAUUAGGAUGGUCCAAAAGGUAUUACAGCCCUCUGUGGUUACUGUUCAGCACACUUUGAUUUGCAGAAAAUGACAGUCCUGUUCACAGAGGCUGAAAUAACCAAGAGUGUUACUGGUACUGUGGCUUUACUUUCUCUUCUCUCUGUUUUGUGUUUGAGAAAACUGCCAAUGAAUAAUAUAUCCACGUGUCUCUCUAAGAAAAAAAAUACUGAAAUUGGCAGAAAACAUUUCUUGCUUUCCUUGUUCAGUAACUUUAAUCUGCUUUUUCAGUUAUUUAUAUAAGUUCAGAAAGAUGUCAAAGAAAAGGACAAGAAACAGUAUUAAAGUGUGUGCAUGAAGCACUUAUUUUUGUACACUUAGUACAAUAUUUGUAUAGAGUUUUAACACUGUGAAGUGUAGAAAAGUCACAUUAUCCAUUUACUGGAGGACAAUCAUGUAUGUUCAAAGACAAUGAAGUGAAAAUAGCAUCUCAAUCAUCCAUUAUGAGGAAGUGAUAACCGGAAUUAAAUUCUGUGAAGCAAAUCUGUAAUUCUAGAGUAAUCAAAGGGCAUUAACUGGACUUUGAAAUCUCAUUAAAACUUCUAAAGCCAA